AUGGCAUGGGAGCUUGAGGGACUGAUUGCGCAUCUGCUGAUGCUCAUAUCUUGCGCCGGCGAACACGGCUGUUCUGUGCGAGAGCUCCUGGGAGCCAUCGGUGACUCAUUGGCCCCCUCGGGCUCUUCAUCUCAAGAUGCCCAAAACGCCCCGCCAGAUCGGGCAGCUUCAGAAGUGUGGACGUGGCUGGUACGGAGGAGCGAUGUGUCGGUUGGCCAUGGGAGAGAGCAUAAUCACCUCUCCUUGCCCGAGCUCCUGUCCCUACCACAGCUCCACCCCCUGGCGAGCAACGGUCCCCAGGCCAAGGGCGACGAAGGCGCAACCCGGGCUCAGGAAUGCAUACAAAACGGCUCGAAUUCAAGCCCGGAGGACGCCAUUAGGGUUCGAACCUCGGAGGCGACCAUGUGGGAGGCCAUCACCGGGCACGCAGUCGAUCACAAGCGUGUUCCUCGAUCCGAAUGGCUCUUGCUUCUCGGCAUAGCAUCCAGCAAGUCAGAGGGCAUCUUGCAGGGAGACUUGGGCCGUCUCGUCGACCAGGAUAAGCGCUCCGUUCCCAAACGCACAGAUGCCCUCGUUAAGAAAGGCUACAUCGUCAAAAGAACGACACUCAUCAGGGGCACCAAGACGAGCAAAAUGUGGCUGAGAUCGCUCGUGCCGCCUUUGCCCAGAGAGAGCGACCCUGCCGAGGAGCCCAAGGCCGACAUGAACCUAUCGCGACAGACACUGGCCGAAAAUCUCGACCCAGUCCCCUGGCGCAUCCGCUGGACCGGCCCGGAUAUCGACUACAAGGCCUUGGCCACCACAAUCAUGGCCGUUGCCAAGGAAUGGGAUGUCAUACGCGUUAGGGACCUCAAGGAAAAGCUGGGCGUUCUGGGUAUGCGCUGGCAGAUGAAGAUUGUGUCCAAAACCUGCCGGUUUCUGAACUCGCGCGGCGCGAUCCAGUACGUUGCCGCCAAACUCGAGAAUCGGGUGUUCAAGGACUGUGUCAAGUUCACUCGAGAUAUGACGGCCGAGGACUGGUCAAUAUACUUGUCGACGGGCAAGCACCCCGGGAAACCAGCCAGAGGCAGCGAACACAUCAUGAGCGACGAGGACAAUGGCAACGAGCGGCUCAGCAUGCAGCGGGCCCACAACGCUCGCCUGAGCAUGUGCCCCCCUUGGUCUAUGGACAAGCCACUGCCGCAAGCGAUCGCGAGGACGGUGCAGUCUCUCGGGGACCACGGUUUAUCCAAUCCCGACAUUUACAUGUUGACGCUUGGUGCCACCUUCAACCGCUUCCUCUCGUCCAUGACUGGAUCUUUGUCGACGACGGACCUUCAACCCCUGCACCUCCGACACUUGCAGAUGAGAAAUGAGCACAUCCGCACCGGGAAAGUCGCGUCACCCGGUUGA